UCUCUCGUGGGCUCGUGGCCUCUUCCUUAACCACCUAUCUCGUUUCUUGCCUGCUACCUUUGUUCUCAUUCUCAACAAGCAAUCAUUCCUCCGGACGAAACGAAAACCCCUUUCCCAGCCUUCUCCAUCCACCCCCUCUCACUUUCUCCUCUCGUUUAAAUAACAAAGCUCGCCGACGCCACCGCGAUGGGGAGACCGAUAACGGGGCCGGCGGCGCUUCUCCUCCUCCUCCUCUACUCCUCCUCCUCCUCCUGCCACAUGGCAGCAGCAGAGGAUAAGCGGCGGACGUACAUCGUCCACAUGGCCAAGUCCCGGAUGCCGGCCACCUUCGCCGAGCACGGCCACUGGUACGACGCCUCCGUCCGCUCCGUCUCCGACUCGGUCGAGAUCCUGUACUCCUACAACACCGUCGCCCACGGCUUCUCUGCCCAUCUCACCCCCGCCGAGGCCGCCGCCUUGGAAUCCCGUGACGGCGUCCUCUCCGUUCUCCAGGAGGUCCGCUACAAGCUCCACACAACCCGGACCCCCGAGUUUCUAGGCCUGGACAAGAGCGACGACAUCUUCCCGCAGGGCAACACGGCCAGCGACGUCGUGGUGGGAGUUCUCGACACCGGGGUAUGGCCGGAGAGGAAGAGCUUCGACGACACGGGCUUCGGGGCGGUGCCGUCCUGGUGGAAGGGGGCGUGCGAGGAGGGGAAGGACUUCAAGGGGACGGCUUGCAACCGGAAAUUGAUCGGGGCGCGGUUCUUCUCCAAAGGGUACGAGGCCAGCGCGGGCCCCAUCAACGACACCAGGGAGUCCAGGUCUCCGCGGGACAACGAAGGUCACGGUACCCACACCGCCACCACCGCUGCCGGCUCCGCUGUGACGGACGUCAGCCUCAACGGCUUCGCCGCUGGCACCGCUCGCGGGAUGGCGACGCGGGCGCGCGUCGCGGCGUACAAGGUGUGCUGGGCCGGCGGGUGCUUCAGCUCCGACAUCCUCGCCGCCAUGGACAGGGCAGUGGAAGACGGGUGCCAGGUCCUGUCUCUGUCCCUGGGCGGCGGGAUGGUGGACUAUUAUAAGGAUAUCGUCGCGAUCGGAGCGUUCAACGCGAUGGAGAAGGGGGUCCUGACCUCGUUCUCCGCCGGUAACGCCGGUCCCUUCGCUUCCAGCCUCAGCAACGUCGCCCCCUGGAUGACCACUGUGGGCGCCGGAACUAUCGACCGGGACUUCCCCGCCUACGUCGUGCUCGGCAACGGCAAGAACUAUUCCGGGGUAUCGCUUUAUAGUGGGAAGCCGCUUCCGAGCUCGCCGCUCCCCUUCGUGUACGCCGGAAACGCCAGCAACGCCAGCAACGGGAAUCUUUGCAUGCCGGGGACCCUUAUGCCGAAGAAGGUGGCCGGGAAGAUCAUUCUCUGCGACCGUGGGAUCAUCGCCCGGGUCCAGAAGGGGUACGUGGUGCGCGAAGCCGGCGGCGCUGGGAUGGUCCUCGCCAACACCGACGCCAACGGCGAGGAGCUCGUCGCCGACGCCCAUCUCCUCCCCGCCGCUGGCGUCGGCCAGAAGGUCGGCGAUGCCGUCAGAGCGUAUCUACGAUCGGAUAAAAGUCCGACGGCGACGAUCGUAUUCGGGGGAACGAAGAUCGGGGUGCGGCCGUCGCCGGUGGUGGCGGCGUUCUCGUCGCGGGGGCCAAACGCGGUGACGCCGGAGAUCCUGAAGCCGGACCUGAUCGCCCCCGGGGUCAAUAUCCUGGCCGGGUGGACUGGGGUGGCGGGUCCCACGGGGCUGUCUGUGGACUCGCGUCGGGUGGAGUUCAACAUCAUCUCCGGGACCUCCAUGUCGUGCCCCCACGUCAGCGGCCUCGCCGCCCUCCUCAAGGGGGCCCACCCGGACUGGAGCCCUGCCGCCGUCCGCUCCGCCCUCAUGACCACCGCCUACUCCGCCUACCCCGGUGGCGAUGGCGGCCUCCUCGAUGUCGCCACCGGCAAGGCCGCCAACCCGUUCGACUACGGCGCCGGCCACGUGGACCCCCUGCGCGCCGCGGACCCGGGCCUCGUCUACGACCUCACCGCCGAGGACUACAUCGACUUCCUCUGCGCGCUUAACUACACCUCCCUCCAGAUCGCCGCUGUGGCCAAAAGAACCAACUAUACCUGCGACAGCACGAGGACCUACGCCGUGUCGGAACUCAACUACCCGUCCUUCGCGGUGGUGUUUGAGACGGCGAGCGGGACCGGCGGCAGCGUGGCGACAGUGAAGCACACGAGGACGGUCACCAACGUGGGGGGCCCGGGGACGUACAAGUCGACGGCGGUGGCCGGUGGUGCGGUGAAGGUGGUGGUGGAGCCGGUGGAGCUGAGUUUCGCGGAUAAGGGGGAGAAGCGGAGCUUCACAGUGAGCUUUUCGUCGCCGUCGCUGCCGUCGAGGUGGUCUGGGUUCGGCCGGCUUGAGUGGUCCGACGGGAAGCACGUCGUGGCCAGCCCCAUGGCGUUCACCUGGACGUGACAUCAUAUAAUCCAUAGAGAAAAGAAAAUAAUAGACGGUAAUUGAUGAGGGUCGAUAGUUGCUGAAGUACACCACAAAGCCGGUGGACCACCAGCGUCCUCGCCGUUGCUGUCUGAAGUUUGGGACGUGACAACGAAACGCGGCCAUUAUUGGCUUCCUGUUGCUUUCUGCUAUUUAAGUUGGGCGGAUGGACAAGAAAAGGAAAAUACGAGAAAAUAGAUGCAAGGUGCUCGGGUGGCUUGGAUUGCUGGAAUUUGGAUUUGGAGUGAAAGGAGCUUAGUUGGUACGUGGCUUUCUCUUUGGUUAAUGAUGUUUAUGUCUUAACCCAAAGAACCACAGGAACAUGUAUCGCUUUACUUCAACUAAAGCGACAAUGAAAUGUUGGGUGAUGUGGUUAAAAAUGAAGCUGUUGAUUUGGAAAA